AUGUACCCUCACCGAUCGUCCCCGGUAUUCACCUCGGGCCGACUAAAGCUAGAGACGCCGCAGCUUCGGCAAUACCACGCGGCUCAGUGGCCCUCAUAUGGCACCACCACACCCGUCCCUAACCACUACCAAAGCCUCCAAUCCCCAUUCAGAUUCGAGACCGGCUACGCUCUAUGUGCUAAGCGCCCUUCCCGUCCCUUCCCCCCACCAUUUUUGUCUCCGCCGUCUUCAUCCUUUUCCGAUCCCUUGACUACCCAGGAUAAGACAUUAUCCGUCAAGGGUGAGCUGAUCCGUGGCUUGAACAAUGGAGACGAUGCGGUUAUCGUUGCCGAGAACUUUCUCGGAGUAGAUGACGGGGUAGGGGCCUGGGCGACGAGACCUGGUGGUCAUGCAGCAUUAUGGUCCAGGCUUCUCCUGCAUUUCUGGGCUCUAGAGAUCGAUCGCAACCUCUCCGCAACCGCUACCCCUGACCCGGUCGAAUAUCUCCAACUAGCUUUUGAGGAAACCGUCCGCGCAACAAGUACCCCAAACGAAUGGCUAGGAACCACCACAUCCGCCACGGCACUCCUUCAUUGGACCAACGGAGACAAUGGCACACAAAAACCCCUUCUCUACGUAACGAACCUAGGCGAUUGCAAAGUUAUCGUCAUCCGACCCAAGGAAGAGAGGAUCCUCUUCAGUACAACCGAGCAAUGGCACUGGUUUGACUGUCCCAUGCAACUCGGCACCAACAGCAUCGAUACACCCCGCAAGGACGCGGUGAUGACCAAGGUCGAUAUACAAGAAGAUGACAUUGUACUGGUCGUGUCGGACGGCGUGAUGGAUAACCUGUGGGAGCACGAGGUUAUGACAAAUAUCCUGGAUAGCCUCAAGAAAUGGGACCAGGGAAUCGCAGAGACGGCUGAGCUGGCCUCGUCGGAUCUGUCAAAUGAUCGUAUGGUCUAUGUGGCGAGGGAGUUGAUGAAUGCUGCUCUGGCGAUUGCUCAGGAUCCAUUUGCGGAGAGCCCGUAUAUGGAGAAGGCGAUUGAUGAAGGGCUUGCUAUUGAAGGAGGCAAAAUGGACGACAUCUCUGUCGUGGUUGCUUCUUGUCAGAAACGAGCUGGGUGUUGA